CUCUUCCGCAGGCGGAACCUUUGUGUGGGCCCGGCCGAGGGUGUCUUCCGGGGGAGUGGGGUGCCGGUGUGGGUGUGACACCGCUGCAAUGGCCAUUCUCCUCCGGCGCCUGGGCCUAGCCCGACUGGGAAUUGAUACUAACUCUGGCUGCACAGGCCUAUAUCAGAUUGAUGCCAAGGUUCUUCCUGCUGGACUAAAGACGUAUGAGAUUCCUCCGCGUUAUGAUGAUGUGAUCAUUCCGGAGAAGCCGAAGCUAAAAUUCCUCAAUAAAGUCCCUAACUACAAGAAGCCUAGGCGUUGGAUGAAAAGACUGGGAGAUAUUCGUGGACCAGCAAUUAGGGCUAAUACACUCACACGAGGAGAGUAUGGCAUUGUAGCUCUCGGAGGUGGUUAUCUUCACUGGGGUCACUUUGAAAUGAUGCGCCUCACCAUUAACCGAAAAAUGGAUCCCAAAACUAUGUUUGCUCGCUGGCGUGUGAAUGCUCCAUAUAAACCCAUCACACGCAAAGGGUUAGGUCAGAGAAUGGGCGGCGGGAAAGGAGCCAUUGACCACUAUGUCACUCCAGUUAAGUAUGGCCGGGUUAUUGUAGAGUUUGGAGGUCGGUGUGCCUUUGAGGAAGUGGAACCAUUUUUAUCGGAAGUUGCAAAGAAAUUGCCUUUUCCUGCAAAGGCAAUCAGCAAGAAAACCUUGGAGGAAAUGCUGAAGGAAGAUGAGCAAAAAGCCAGAAACAACCAGAAUCCCUGGACAUUUGAAAGAAUUGCAACAAUGAACAUGAUGGGGAUCCGCAAAGUGCUCAGCCCAUUUGAUUUAAAAUAUCAUGGUAAAUUCUUUGGGAAAUCACGUGUCCCUAAUCGUGUGUGAAGAUUAAAAAACGUGACAGGA